UCCUAAUCAUCGUACUUACAUAUUAUUUCUAUGAAAUUUAUUCCUUAUGAUAUUUUUUGAUAUUAUUCUAAUUUAAAAAAACGGAAAUGAAUUUUCAUCCAGAAGGAUAUAAUUGUACUCGGUCAGGUUUUUUCAGAUGAAGACAAAAUAUUUACGUAACUAGGGUUUAUUACUAAGGAUUCUAAUGUAAUGUUUCCAAUAAUUAUUCUAUGAAUUUAGUGGCAAAACCUGUGUGAUAAAGCAAUGUUCUUCAUUCACGUCUAUGUGUUGUGAGAUUGUAGUUGUCAAACAUUUGUCAGGAAUGGUCAGGAAUAUGGCGAAAUUACAACACACAAUUUGGGGUCUCUCUUCUAAUUUUGUGGCAAACCGAUAUUUUUCACGUUUGUUAAUUUCUCCAUGGUACAAUGUAUCUACAGUUUCGUCGUUAAAUAAACUGUCAACAGAAGCUGCAGUGAAGCCUGAAAAUUGCAUCAUUAUUACUGAUAGCUGUGUUAAACGUUUAAAGGAAAUAACUGAUGAUAAUGCUUAUUUAAGAGUAACAGUGGAAGGUGGAGGUUGUUCGGGUUUUCAAUAUAAAUUCGAUUUGGAUACAAACAUAAGUGAAGACGAUAAAGUGUUUCAAAAGGAUGGUGCCAAAGUGGUUAUAGAUGCGACAUCUUUAGAAUAUAUUAAAGGAGCAUCGAUAGAAUAUCACACCGAAUUAAUACGGUCCGCAUUUAGAAUAACAAAUAAUCCUUUAGCCGAACAAGGUUGUAGUUGUGGAGCCAGUUUUUCAAUUAAAAUGUAAUUGUUUUUUUGCUUAUAGUAUAUCUAAAUUUAGAACAGAGA